AUGGGCGUGCAGCGGCGCAACCGCGCGCCGCCCGCGCUCGCCCUCGCCCUCGCGGCAGCGGCUGCCUUUGCAGCCCUUCUGGUGCCCGUCGCCGCGAAGGCGAGCGCGCCGCGUGGGCUGGCGCCGCAGCCGAUCGUGCGGACGGUGCGCCUGACCGAUGUGGCAGGGUGUGGCAGUUCGGAGUACCUGCCGGGCGGCCUUGGCGCCACCUGCGUCUACCAGAGCGACAUCGGCCCCGAGGAGACUGUGAUGCUGACAUUCACAGUCCCGGCCAAGGGUACCCCGAUGGACCCACCCCUGGGAGACUUUGACCUGAUGCUGCAGCUGCGCACGGUGGCGGGCUCGGCGCGCAUGGCCCUAGUCACGCCAAAGCACACCCCUCCGCCGUCGUAUGACUCUGCGGGCGGCACCUUGUAUUCGACCCUCUUCAACUCGGAGGAGUUCAUUGCCGUGGCGGCGGAGUACCUGCUUUUCAACGCGGGCACCUACACAGUCAACAUCACCAGCAACAGCAACGACGUCACCUUCUUCAGCCUCAACGUAGCUGCGCGUAUGCGUGCCGAUUCGCCCUUCCAGCGCAGCGACCCCUUCAACCCGCCUGGUGCCUGA